CAAAUCAGAGAUGAUUUUGACACAGCCGUCACUAAAAAUGUCAUCAUUGUUUUUCUGUGCAUUUUCAUCAACUACGUCAACGGGACUCUGGUCUUGACAUUCUUUAAGAACCGAAUAUUUUAUGAGACUUCACGAUACAUACUGUUCAUUCACAUGGUAAUCAAUGAUAUUAUUCAGUUAACUGUUGCAGUGACAUUAUUUGUAUUGAGUUAUAUAUUAUUUAAAAUCAAUGCCUCCUUCUGUUGUUUUCUAUUGUCAGUUGCUGUCUUUGCCACUACGAACACCCCUCUGAGUCUCGCAGCGAUGGCUGUUGAGCGUUACGUAGCCAUCUGCAACCCCUUGCGGCACUCUCAGAUCUGCACGGUGCGCAGGACACACAUUCUCAUUGCUGUGAUCUGGGCUGCAGGCACCAUUUCCAUAUUACCAGAUUUGUUUAUCCUUUUGGCAACAGAGCCAGUAAGUUUUUUCCACUCAUCUGUUUUCUGCAUUCGCGAUUAUGUUUUCAGGUCUCCUGAUCUUGUUCAGAAGAGAACCAUUUUGCAUGCCGUAAACUUAGCUUUUGUUUGGUUUACUUUAACGUACACUUAUUUCAGAGUCCUGUUUGCAGUGAAGUCAGCCACCACGGACACAGCUUCUGCUGCAAAGGCUCGCAACACCAUCCUGCUGCACGGGGUCCAGUUGCUGCUGUGUAUGCUAACGUACAUUGGACCUUCCCUGGAAUACAUUAUCUUAUAUAUCUUUCCAGGGAAGUCCUUAGAAAUUCGAUACUUCACUUACUUAAUAGUUCAGGUACUGCCUAGGUCCUUGAGUCCCAUGAUCUACGGGGUCAGAGACCAAAUGCUUAGAAAGUACCUGAAAAGACACUUUUUAUGCAAGACUGUAAAAGACGGACAGCUUCAACCCAAUAACAAUCAUCAGACAUCAUGA